AUGAGCAUGAGAGGAAAGUGUUCUCCUAAAGUCACCACGAAGAAAGGAGCGAGCAAAAACCAGUCCCCUACUAUUGCAUCACCUGCCACUGGCAAGAAAAGGAAAAAGAAGCAGUUGAAAGGAGAGACUGGAAAAGGUAAUCCUUUUUCACCUUUACUGGCAGCUAGAGUGAUCUCCAGUGAGAUACACAGUAGCGGUAGUAGCCUGGGCAAGCCAGCCAUGAAGCAAGGAAGGUUUGAUUGCUCUUCGUCUGAUAUAAUGAGUACUGACCAAACGAGUAGUUCAGCCCUGAUGGAGACGGGUAGCGGACCGACCACACCCCUCAUCCCUCAAGCCACACCUCUUAUUACAAGCUCAACUGCCACCAGUACAGUAGAUACAAGGAACACGUCCUGUUACACUCAGUUACAUGAUUCUGUUCCCUUAAAAAUGGAUAUAUCGGUAACUAAGACGAUACCCGGGAGUUCACCCGACAAAGCAGUGUGUUGCCGACGACAACCCGAUCACUUUAGCACAGAUCGAUGGUCAGCAGCCUGCUCAGAUGAAGAACAAGAGACACGAAGAUUGGAGGUAUACAAAGAAAACAGGAGGAAACGUUAUGAAAGUGCACUGGAACAAAAACUAUCACAAUUUCCAAGAAAUGAUUAUUAUUCAACAGGCACUCGCUAGUUCAAAUUUUUGGGUAUGUGUUCAUAUAAUUUAUUUGA